AAGCAUUCGAAUUUGCAGAGUGAUUAACUAAAAAAGAUUAGUGAUGGAGGAGACGAAGCAGUCAUUGAUAGCAUCGUUGCCGGCGGCACCAAGAAAACCGAAGUCGAAAGUAGAGAGAGUUGUGAGGAAAACAUUCAAAGGAACAGCUCAUCUAUCAAAUCUGCUCCCGACCGGUUCGGUAAUGAGUUUUCAAAUAAUGUGUCCGGUCCUAACCCAUCAAGGUCAGUGUCCCACCAUCACCAGUCGAUGGCUCACCUGCUUCCUCGUCUCCCUAUGCGCCAUCUCUUGCUUCCUCUUCUCCUUUACCGACUCCAUCAGAGACCCAAAUGGCAAGGUUAGGUACGGAUUGGCAACGUGGAGUGGGCUAUGUGUGAUAGAUGGAUCGAUUACUCUAACGGAGGAGGAGAGGGAAAAGUAUAAGCUCAAGAUUCUUGAUUUUGUGCACGCAAUCAUGUCAAUGCUCGUCUUCUUCGCAGUCUCCAUGUUUGAUCAGAACGUAACCCGUUGUUUAUUUCCUGUUCCUUCCGAGGAAACCAAGGAGAUUCUUACCAGUUUACCUUUUAUCAUCGGCAUCAUUUGUGGUGCCUUCUUCCUCGCAUUCCCCACACGCCGUCAUGGCAUCGGAUCUCCCCUUACCAAAGAAUAGUUUCAUACUCUAGACAUGAAAAUGCAGAAACUUUUGUAAAACAAAAGAUUUGUGAUCUUCAAUUUUUGUUUAUGGAAGACAUGUACCAAAUCUUGAAAUAACUAUUCUUUAAAAAG